GGGGCGCGGCGGGGCCGUGCCCGGGGCAGGCAGCCGCGGCGGUCGCCCGGGGAGGGGCUGGACCGCGCUUCGUGCGAGCAGGAGCCUCUCCCCGCCGAGCGGCCUCCCGUCCGCCCUCCGGUGCCCGGCGUUGCCUGCAGAGCUGCGGCAGCACCGGGGAGUGACUCGGAGAGGGGAGGAGAAGAGGAGGAAAAGAAAUCGGAUUGCCGAAAGGAUUAGGAAGUGGGGUGGGGAGCCGAAGCUCUCUCCCUCCCUCCUUCCCUCCCUCCCCGCACACAUUUGUGAAGCUUUUCAGAGUUAUCCUUCAGCAUCAGUACCGGCAGGCGACCCGGGGGAGCCGCGACAGCGGAAGGUGCUCGGCAAACUGCAAGAGCGAUCAGAGGGAGCGGAGUGGCCCGGGCCGGCGGACCCUACCCCGGCCCCUGCCCGCGGGACACCGCACCUCCCGGCUCCGGGGGUUUUUAUGUAUAAGAUAUAUAUUUUUUUACGUUUUUACUGCUCCUCUCGGAGGACAGGAUUUGGAGCAUUAAGGGCGGGCGUGCUGCCAGACCGCCUGCCCUGGACGUGCGAGGUGGGGAGAGAGGAAGGGAGAGAUGCCUCUGAUUAGAGGGAAAGUCGUGCUCAUCCUCGGAUUCGUCUUCCUGACAACUUUCCUGGCUGCAGUGAGAGGGCUACCCGUGAGGGGGAAACAGCGCAGCAAUACCCCGAAGGAGAGGAGCUCCAAGCUGGCGGAGGUGUCAGCAUCAUCCAACCCCCGUUCAGCAGGGGACGAGGAGCUGCCCCCGUCGGGCAAGGCGCGGGGGCUGAGGCGCCCUGGGCAGGCUGGCCCGCGGCGGCACAGGCGCAGAGGGGUGGCUCAGCAGGCGGCCAGGAGCCCGGCGCUGCCCCAGCCCAGUGGUGCUGGCCAGGAGGAGAGCCUGCCCUUCAUGCUGGACCUGCAGAACUUGCCGGGGCUGGCCAAUGUGGACCUGAGUGCCCAGAACCCCAACAUCCAGGUGACCAUUGAAGUGGUGGAUGAUCCUCAGGCUGAGAUGGAGAUGGACUUGUUGAAGGAGACAAGCAAUGACUGGUCUCUGACGUCCUCUGAGUGGCUGUCUCACAAGGACCUAUUCUGGCCCCUCUUCUGGGAAUACACUGACCCUGCUGAGGGGGAGGAGGAGGAGGAAGAUGAAGAGGAGGAGGAAGAAGAGGAAGAGGAUGACAACCUGGAUGUAGGGGACAGGGAGGAAGAAGAGGAUGAUGAUGAAGAGGAAGAUUACACAACAGAUUAUGAGGAGGAGGAGUCCAUGCUUAGUGGAGUAGGCGGUAACUGGGACCAGCAAUGGCCCGGGCAGAAAAACUGGAUCUUUAAGGAAAAAUAUAAUUACGACUAUGAAGAUGAGGAGGAGUGGAGCCCAUGGUCCCCUUGCAGCAUCACCUGUGGCAGUGGCAACCAGAAGAGGACCCGGUCCUGUGGCUAUGCCUGCACAGCGACAGAGUCGAGGACCUGCGAUCUGACACACUGCCCUGGAGCAGAAGGAGAAAUGGUCUUCCCCACAGAGGAGACACCUCUCAAAAGCGACAACACCACAGAGCUGUUCAACUCAGAGGUGGACAGCUGUGAGAAGUGGCUGAACUGCAAGAGCGACUUCCUCACCAAGUACCUGAGCAAGGUGCUGACGGACCUGCCCAGCUGCCCCUGCUCCUACCCCCUGGAGGCCGUCUACAGCGCCGUCAACCUGCGGGACGAGCAGCAGGGCAAGAGCUUCCGAUGGCGGGACGCCAGCGGGCCCAAGGAGCGCCUGGACAUCUACAAGCCCACGGCACGCUUCUGCCUGCGCUCCAUGCUCUCCCUGGACAGCACCACCCUGGCUGCCCAGCACUGCUGCUACGAUGAGCACACCCGCCUCAUCACCCGUGGCAAGGGGGCUGGCGUCCCCAACCUCAUCAGCACCGAGUUCUCUCCGGAGCUGCACUACAAGGUGGACAUGCUGCCCUGGAUCCUCUGCAAGGGGGACUGGAGCCGCUAUCACGCCGUCCGGCCCCCCAACAACGGGCAACGCUGUGCCGACAACCCCGCCGAGGAGGAGUACCUGUCCCAGCUGCAGGAGGCCAAGGAGUACUAGCCACAGCCGCUCUCAAAGGUGCCACCACCACCACUGGCUUGCGUCCCUGCACGGCAUGGCCAGCCCUGACCCUGCUCAUGGGCUCCUCACUGGUGCCAGGCAAAACGGGGAGGAUGCGCCGUCUGUCCCAUCCCCUCAGAGGAGUGUCUCCUCCGAUUUCUGAGGGUGCCGGAGGUUAUUGUGGUGCAGUCCCUGCCGUGCCACCCAGGGCAGUCCUGCAGUCCAGGGCUCCUGGCCUGGCAUGUGGAAAGCAGCAGGGGCUGGGAGGUAUAAAGGGAACAAGGGGCUGCUCCUUUCUGCUUUUAUUCUCUAUGACCUUGACUCAGCCUGAAAGCUGAGUACAGGAUGAAGUGGGCUCAGCUCCUGCUGGCUUCCCACCACAUCUGAGGAGCUGCUGCAGGCAUGGCUGCCUGCUCUGGUCUGUGCACCUGCCCUGGCACAUGCUGGUUUAUGUCUGAAACUGGGGGUAGGUCUUCCUAGACAGUGAAGGGCUGUUCCAGCCAUGCAUACAGAGCAGGGCUCCCCAUCCUUGGGUUUGUGCAUGCACGUUUGGGAAGGAGCAGGGAAAGGCUUGUGGGCCUGGGGGAGUGGGCUGUGGGGCGUGAGGAGACUGGCUGCCUGGGCUUGCUUGGCAAGAUUGCCUAGCCACCAGGGUUUUGGCUGCCAAAACUACACAUAGGUGGACCUCAGAGGAGGUCAGCAUGGGGACACACCACCUUGUGUGCAUUUCAGCCCCUCUGCCGUGGUGCUUGGGGGAACAGGGUGGUAGCAUCUGUACAAGUCACAGCACUAGCCCUCUACCAGACCUUGGCCCCUUGGCAGUCCCCAGAGGGUGUCAGGAGCACCUGUGACACAGCCCAAAAGAAAGUCCUCUGUUUCCUAUCACAGCCCUGCCAGGGGAAGGAGGCAUCUUGGCCACUGCUCAUGCCAUUGCUGGUGAGGAGCAAAAAGCACUGAGCCAAGCUAGCCCUGCUCCAUGCUGAGUCUGCCCAUGUCCCCAGCUGCUCCAUUCUGUGUCUGCCUAGGUCCCCACCUGGAGGCAGCCCAGACAAACCAAGCCAUGGACCCCUCAGGCUCACUUCCAGGCCAGGCUCACAAGUGUGGCUCCAGAGGAGGAAGACACAUAAUGUCUAAUAAUGUGCUAAUAAUGUCAGUACCUGGUGUCCACAGAUCAGGGAUCAUGAUGCUCUCUGUUGGCACUUUGAUCUUGCCUGGGUUUUAUUCAGCUUUUCACAGGUCCAUGGCAGUGUCUCCCAGCAUAUUUUGGAAGCUUUUCUGCAGAGAAACUAGGCUGAGCACCUUUGUCCCUGGACAUUCAGUUGCUGAACUGGCAGAAAAUUUAUAGCUUUUAUUUAAGAAAUUUUAUGCUUCAGGGGAAAUAAAAGUCAAGCACACAUAAAGAAGAAUGGAGUCAUUUCUACUCUAGACGUUUCAUGCAAGGCUGCUAGCUACUCCAUGUACUUCUGCAGGGCACUGUUGAACCAAAAAACUGGUUGCAGAGGUCCUUAGUUGACCAUCCUGUACUGUCUGUCCUUUUUACAGGAGCUUUCUCCAGCCUCAGUGAAUAUUCUUGGUCUGAAAGCUCUUUGGGGAGUCUUUCUGGGGGUGUCUUUGUAUCUGUUGUGUGUAUGUUGAUCCAUUUGCCUUGGUUACUGAUAGAAUAUUGCAUCUUUGUUCAUCCAUACCUAAGACUUCAUAGGUGGUAAAACAAAAGUAUUAAUGAAGUUAUUGCUGAAUUAUUCUUACUCAAGUAUUAUUACACCCUUGUAUCCCUAGACUCUGGAUAUGGGUUCUAUCAAAAUACAGGCAGACAUCAUCCAUUUCCCAACAGACAUGCAGUCUGAGAUGACCAGUGUUCUUGAAUGGUGAGAAGGAAGAGAACCAAAUAAGCGUGGAUGGAGACCUGGACCUUGGAACAUUUUCAUGAUCACUGCAUGUUCUCUGGCCCGGAUGGGCAUUCACUCACUAGUUUCUGGCAAAGAGGUAGGUCAUAUAGAGGUGGUCAAGAGGGGGUGACAGUGAUCUGGUGGCUUGGUUCUGGAGCCAGGGAGCCUCAGCAAGAGACAUGGAUGCAAAUCAAGCCAUGAGCAUCUGAAGCCAUGGAAGGAUGAGCUUGAGAACUGCAGUCAUUCAGCAGAGCAUAUUUCACUCGUAUACCAUAUGCCAUCAUUGACUUCAUCAAACUCCCAGUGGAGUUUAUUUACCAUCAGUGCAGACUUCUUUAAAAGAACCUCCUGUUGAACGUGCCUAGUGUUCAGUAUUGCACCCAAGCAUGGAAGCAGGACUUUUGCAAACAGUCUUCCUUGAAGAAGACUUGUAAAAGCUCAGCCAUUUUGUUUGUUAGACUGGCUGCUCUCUAAGGAAGUGCUCUUACAGUAAGAGUGUUACCCAGGAUUUUUUACCCUCCUCUUUACUCUGGCUAUGUCAACCAGUGUAACCCCCAGAAAAAAAACUUGUAAUUUCUGUAAGAGCUGGAGUUCCUGUCCAAGGGCAAGUAAAAAAAUUUCUUGCAUUGACUCACCCCCACUCCCUGACAUCCCCACAAAAGCUAGUUGAGAGCCAAGUAGCUCUUCUGCUUUGCUGCCUCUGUGGUUUGGACAAUACAGGCAGAAACUGGAGCAUGAGAAACAAGCGCUGUUGUUCCUCAUACAAGCACCUUACGCACCGUGAGCCUUUGCAGAACACCGUGAGAAAAGUAGACAAUAAGCAAGUGUUUAUUUUUAUAUCCCGUCAAAGAUUCUGUCCAGCCCACUGCUAUUUAAGUGAUGAAUCUCUAAGCUUUCACUCCUUAAGUUUAUGUUUCUUUAUAUAUAUAAUAUAUAUAUAUAAUGUCUUUUAUUCCUACAAAAUUUCACAGAGAAGAAUUCUUUAAUCUAAUGCUGCAAUAAAGCACUUUAUAUGUGUAUAUGUCAUGCUGAUGACAUUCAGUUGUGACUGAAGCAUGUGUUCUAUUUAUUUUGGUUGAGAGGGAUGAUACUAUGUUUAAGACUGUAUGUCUUGGGUUCCCAGCCCCAGUUUGGGCCCUGGUGGCUUUGCUUCCUUUCCUUAACAUUUGUAAUUGAAGUUGUCUGGCUGCAAGAGUCACAGGUAAGAAAGACUAUCUGGAGCCCAUGGGAUAUAUGAAGUUCUGCUUACAGGGAAGGAAGCCUCUGACAAGAAGACCCUCAGGGUCAGUGCUGAGAAGCAAAUGUAUUGCCUGUGCUCCAGCCUGACCUUGGGUGUUAUUCCAUGGUCAGCCUGGCCAGAGCUGGGUACUGGCUGACAGUCCAGGGCACCACAGCAGAGGGAAAAAACCCCAGCAUUAUCCCAGCUAAAAAACUGUUUUGGCAAACCACCUCCAGAGCCUACAGCUAAUUAUAGCAGGGGGGUUUGCGAAACUUUCCAGGGAUCACAACUUUUUGUUGCUGUUAAUUUAGUGUGUAAAUCAUAUACACUUCCAAGCUCUUGCUGUUUCCAGCUGUUUCCCCUCCUCUCUUGCUCCUUUUGCUUUGUGCUGGCUGCACACCUGUUGCAGGGGAGGGACUGCUGCUGCACAGGACUCUGCUCUGGCACGGGACUCUGAUUCACAGCUGCCUGGCACCAUUGCUGGCCCCUGCCUGGGGGGAGCAGGUGACUCCUCUCAGGGG